AUGGAGCCGCGGGCCCGAGGCUGGUGGCUGCUGUGCGCGGCCGCCGCGCUGGCCGCCUGCGCCCGCGGGGACCCCGCCAGCAAGGGCCGCAGCUGCAGCGAAGUCCGCCAGGUCUACGGCGCCAAGGGCUUCAGCCUGAGCGACGUGCCCCAGGCGGAGAUCUCGGGAGAGCACCUGCGGAUCUGCCCCCAGGGCUAUACCUGCUGUACCAGUGAGAUGGAGGAGAACCUGGCCAACCGCAGCCGGGCCGAGCUGGAGACGGCCCUCCUGGACAGCGCCCACGCCCUGCAGGCCACCCUCGCCACCCAGCUGCAGAGCUUCGAUGAUCACUUCCAGCAGCUGCUGAACGAGUCGGAGCGGGCGCUGCAGGACGCCUUCCCCGGCGCCUUCGGGGAGCUGUACACGCAGGGCGCCAAGGCCUUCCGGGACCUGUACGCCGAGCUGCGCCUCUACUACCGCGGCGCCAACCUGCACCUGGAGGACACGCUGGCCGAGUUCUGGGCCCGCCUGCUGGAGCGCCUCUUCAGGCAGCUGCACCCGCAGCUGCUGCUCCCCGACGACUACCUGGACUGCCUGGGCAAGCAGGCCGACGCGCUGCGGCCCUUCGGGGAGGCUCCGCGGGAGCUGCGCCUGCGGGCCACCCGCGCCUUCGUGGCGGCGCGAGCCUUCGUGCAGGGCCUGGGUGUGGCCGGCGACGUGGUCCGCAAGGUGGCCCAGGUGCCCCUGGGCCCUGAGUGCUCCAGGGCCGUCAUGAAGCUGGCCUACUGCGCCCACUGCCUGGGGGUCCCCGGCGCCCGGCCCUGCCCCGACUACUGCCGCAACGUGCUCAAGGGUUGCUUGGCCAACCAGGCCGACCUCGACGCCGAGUGGAGGAAUCUUCUGGACUCCAUGGUGCUCAUCACCGACAAGUUCUGGGGCCCUUCCGGAGCAGAGAGCGUCAUCGGCGGCGUGCAUUUGUGGCUGGCCGAAGCCAUCAACGCCCUCCAGGACAACAGGGACAUCCUCACCGCCAAGGUCAUCCAGGGCUGUGGGAACCCCAAGGUGAACCCUCAGGGCUCCGGACCCGAGGAGAAGCGGCGCCAGGGCAAGCUGGUGCUACAAGAGAAGCCUCCCACGGGCACGCUGGAGAAGCUGGUCUCGGAGGCCAAGACGCAGCUCCGCGACGCCCAGGACUUCUGGAUCAGCCUCCCCGGCAUGCUGUGUAGCGAGAAGAUGGCCAUGAGCAGCGCCAGCGAUGACCGCUGCUGGAACGGCAUGGCCAAAGGCAGGUACCUCCCAGAGGUGAUGGGCGACGGCCUGGCCAAUCAGAUCAACAACCCCGAGGUGGAGGUGGACAUCACCAAGCCCGACAUGACCGUCCGCCAGCAGAUCAUGCAGCUGAAGGUCAUGACCAACCGGCUUCGCGGCGCCUACAGCGGCAAUGACGUGGACUUCCAGGACGCCAGCGACGACAGCAGCGGCUCGGGCAGCGGGGACAGCUGCCCGGACGACCUCUGUGACCGGAGGGUCAGCAAGAAGAGCUCCAGCUCGCGGACGACCCUGACGCACGCCCUCCCCGGCCUGUCGGAGCGGGAGGGCCAGAAGACGUCGGCCGCCAGCUGCCCCCAGCCCUGCGCGUCCCUGCCGCUGCUGCUCCUGUCCCUGGUCCUCUCGGCCGCCAGGCCCACGUGGCGGUAACUGCCCCAGGCCCCAGGGACCGAGGCCAAGAACUGACUUUGCCAAAACGCAGAACAGAUGAUAUUUAAUUCUCCUCGGCCUAGAGGCCCCGGGGCAGGACGGGGCGGGGCGGGGGCCCCCCAGCCCCGUGACUGCGCGGGGGUGGGGCGGGGGUGCCGCUCCCCCCACCCCCGCCCCGGCCUGGCUCCGCCCGCCACCCUGGCUUUUAAUUUUGUAUGAGGCCCUCAGGUCAGCCAGGAACAAUGUCCCCAAAAGCCAUGUAUUUCAGGGACCCGGGGGCUGCCGGGGGCCACGUCCCGCCUGCCCGCCUGCGCCUGUCCCAGCUCCCCGAGCAGCGUCCCGCUGGAGAGCGCGAGCCUGUGCCUUCCUCUCCUGCCUCCUCCCGCGGGAACUGCCAGGCUCCACGGUCGGGAACCGAGGCCCACCCCUCGGCGCCUCGGCAUCCCGGGGGGGCCUCGGGGUUCUGGCCUCCGGGGUGCAGCAGGGCCCUUGAGAUUAUGCAUGACGCCUCCAGACUCACCAGGGCCCCGCGACGCCGCGCCCCAGAGGCCUCCGCGCCGGGCGAGUGCCAACAGGAAGGCAGCCUCGCCCACCAGCGCGGGUGGACCUCGUUCCUCCCCAGGACCAGCCGCCAGGGCCCCGGGGCGCGCAGGUGGCCGCGGUGGUCACGCCCUGGCGCAUCAGGGCACUUGGCGGACCUUCGUGUGAGGAUGGGGGUGCCCACCCUGGCCGUCCCAGGAGAGCAGGCCGGCCCCGUGUGGCUGUGGGCACCCCCUUCAAACGCGGGCCCCACGCCUGCACCCUAGGUGACGGCCGCUGUGCGCAGGUGCCGCCCGCCCACGCCGCUGCCUCUCGUCCCCACAGCCCGGGCUGACGCGGGCGGGGCUGGAGGGGACACCUGGCCCUGCCGACCAGAGGCCCGCCUGGGUCCCUCCUGGCCGGCGGCUGCAGUGGGGCGGGGGGGGUGGGGGGGGGGCGGCGCUUUGACAGUUAAGGGCUUUUCCAAACGUACAUACGUUCACACCCGUGUUCUACUUGUUCACCCGGAGCUGGGGAAGGCUGGGGCUCCCCACACCUGGGGCGCCCCUGCUCACUCAGGCUGUCGAGCCCCCCGGCCCCGGAGCUCCCUCCCUCCCAGGCCCUUGCUGCUGGACCCGGCCAGAGAGGGGCUCGGGCAAGGGGACCCUCGAGGGCCGGGGGGUGCUGAGCCCCCGUGGCCAGAGACGCAGUCCUAACCAGCACCCGGGCCCGACGAGGCCACUUAGCACUGCUUUGCCUUGCCUCUCACGCUGCUCAGGGCCCCCCGCUGUGCCCCACCAGGCCGCGCAGCCCCACGGGCACCCCCACCCCGUCAUAACCCUGCUCGUGCCAGACCAGGGCCCGGGCCUGGGGCCUCCUUCCCCGUAGGUGACGGCCCGCUGGACUCUCAGGGGCUCGGGGGCGGCCGCCCGUGCACCCGGACGCCAGCAUUUGGCCGCACGUGGACCUCCCCCCGGGGGGCCCGCGCUGUACCUGCCUGAGGGGGCGGCCCCGGCACAGUCGCCGGCCGGGCGGUAGCCAGGCCUGCUGUGUCCUGCUGCACGGUGUCGACUGGCGUCAUUUGCUCUUGAGUCCUUGUACGAAUAAAAGGUUGGAGAGCUUG